AUGGCAUCGACAGGUAUUGCACUAAUCGGCAGCGGCAUUUUCGCGAAAGAAGAGCAUCUCCCUGCCAUCUUGGCUGCGGAUUCAUUGUCACUCAAAGCUAUCUAUUCACGGUCGAGGGCUUCGGUCGAGGGGUUAGCUUCCGGUCUGAGCGAGGGCGUGGGGAAGGAGUUGGAGUUGUAUAGUGAUGAUACUGAGGGAAAGGGGUAUGAUGAGUUGUUGAAGAGGGAAGAUAUUGGGGGUGUUGUUAUCGCACUUCCCAUCCUUGUUCAGCCAGAAUACAUUACGAAAGCUCUCGCAGCCGGCAAGUACGUUCUCGCUGAAAAGCCCAUUGCAAAAGACGUGGCCACAGCGCGCGCUCUGCUCGACUGGAUAUCCACCAACGUUCCCUCUGGCGGACCCACUCUCUCCAUUGCCGAAAACUUCCGCUUUCUAGAUUACUUUCUCUAUGCCGCGGCCGAGAUCAAAUCCUUGGGCCGCCUUCUCGGUUUCCGUAUGCGUGUGCACAGUCUUGUCAAACCAAGCUCCAAGUAUUUUGAGACUGCAUGGCGCAAAAAGCCAGAGUACCAGGGCGGAUUGUUGUUAGAUGGCGGGGUGCACUUUGUUGCAGGGAUCCGGUUGAUAUUGGGGGGGUCGGGGGUAAAGAUAGUGAAGACGAGUGCGUUUACGACGCGGUUGCAGGAGCAUUUGUCGCCGGUGGAUACGGUGGAUGCAACAAUGCAGUUAAGUAAUGGGGCGAGUGGAACAGCGUCGAUCAGCUUUGGAACGCAGUUCAGUGGAUCAGAGUAUGCCUUUGCUUGUGAGAAGGGGACGGUAGUUGUUACAAGGGCAAAGGUUGCCGUUAAGAGAGACGGAGAACAUGGGGAGGUUAAGGAGUUCAAGGAUGAGGGGAGUGGGGUGAAGCCUGAGGUUGCGGCGUGGGGUAAGGGGUUGCAGGAGGGAAAGAUGGACCCUAGGCAGAGCGCUGAGGAGGGACUGAGGGAUCUCGAGGUCUUGGAGGCCAUGUUGACGAGCGGAGAGAAGGGAGGUGCGCCUGUAGAGCUCAAGCUGUGA